AUGCUGCUCCAAACUCUUUCCAGCUUGGCCUCUCCUCUCCCUCCCUCUGUGGGCUCAUUCCAGCUCCCGGCCCCUCCCCCACCAGAGCAGCAGUCGUGGGCAGGAGACGGCGUAAACUGGGCGUGGUCCUGUAACUUUUGGCCAAUCACGGCUCAGAUCCGACCCAUCUCCUCCUCCCAUUCUCCUCUGCUCGCCCGCUGA